AUAAUGACCUAAUUCGCCAUUCUCACCCUUCAGCUCUCUUGACUUCUCACACUCACACAGUCCGACUCUCUUCUCUCUUUAUCAUUCUCUUUCGGGCCACAAUACAUCUCUGGCUCUCUUCCAUUUUCUGAUUUCGUAUUCUGAUUUUAGAAUUUUAGGUGUUUUAGCUGAAUUGAAAGCUGAUUCGCUGAAAUAAAACAGCUUCUGUAGCUGUUUCCAAUCAGAUUUUGGGUGCGGGUACCCCUAGUUAAACCUUUCAUGCCUAUAUACAACGCCGCUCUAAGGCAAAGAUGGUGGCAGCGUAUUUAACUGGUUCGCUGGGUAUUCACGAUGCAUUUUCUAUUCUUCAUUCUUUCCACAAGCGAACUUCCCCUGCUUAUUAAGAAGUGAAUCACUAGUGUUGAUGCCAACAGCGAAAUCCUCGGGCAUGGGUACAUCAGGGACUGUUCUGGCCUCAUCUCCCUAUUUACAAUUUAACAAAAGCUAACUGUCCAAGGAUAAUGCGCGUUGGAGGGUUACCAAGAGCAAUUACAAAUUUUCACGCUUCUAUUCCAUCGCUCCUCCCAAUCACCCCACGAGUCAGAUUCGUGACUGUGGCAGAAAAAGCUGCUAAGUCAGCAAGCGUAUCUGAACUGGGUGACCUACUGGUCGACGCUGCCAUUGCCAAAACUCUCUCGAAACCUGGCGGUAUUCAUGAGCUGGAGAAGAAAGGAGAUGCCAUCCCUUUAUCAGAAGAGCGUGUGCUUCGAGUGCUCCGUCGCGGCUCUCUUGAUUCGUCAAGAAAGUUGGAGUUUUUCCGGUGGUGCUCCAACAGGCAAAACUACAAACACUCGGCAUGCACCUACUCACAGGUUUUCAAAGUCCUCUGUUUUUUGACACACCAUCAUCAUGAUGACAUUCUUGAGCUUGUGGCCACAAUGAGGCGUGAUGGGGUGGCUCUGGAUUCAGUUACUUUAAAGAUGAUUCUUGAUGGGUUCAUCAGGGCUGGCAAGUAUGAUUCCGCGUUGGAAGUUUUGGAUUAUGUUGAGAGGGAAUUGAUUGGUUCCAGCUGUUUCAGCCCUGAUGUAUAUAGCCCUGUUCUCGUUGCACUCAUGAGGAAGAAUCAGAUUUCGAUAGCAUUAUCGAUAUUAUUGAAGCUUGUGGAUUCUGCACUGCUCGCAGCAAAUGGUGAAAAUGUGGUCAUUCCCGAUGCCAUAGCUUGUAAUGAGGUGCUUGUGGGACUCAAGAAGGCAGACAUGAGAGAUGAAUUCAGACAAGUUUAUAGUAAUUUACGAAAAACGAAACUUUAUCCUAUGGAUAUAUGGGGUUACAACAUAUGCAUUCAUGCAUUAGGAUGUUGGGGUGAGUUGAGCUCUGUGUUGGGUUUGUUUAAAGAGAUGAAGGAGAGGAACGGUCCAUUUGAACCUGAUUUGUGCACGUAUAACAGCCUCAUACACGUCCUUUGCUUGCUUGGGAAGGUGAAGGAUGCCCUUAUUGUGUGGGAGGAGCUGAAGGCUUCCUCGGGUCAUGAGCCGGACGAGUUCACUUACCGGAUUAUGAUCCAAGGUUGUGCCAAGUCGUAUAGAAUCAAUGAUGCGUUGAGAAUCUUUAGUGAGAUGCAGUACAACGGCAUACGAGCAGGUACUGUUGUUUACAACUCCCUUCUUGAUGGUUUGAUGAAGUCAAGGAAGUUGAUGGAAGCCUGCAAUCUGUUUGAGAAAAUGGUAGAUGAUGAUGGUGUGAGGGCCUCGUGCUGGACGUAUAACAUACUUAUAGCUGGUUUGUACAAGAACGGAAGAGAAGAAGCUGCUUAUUCCAUGUUUUGUGACUUAAAAAGAAAGGGUAAUAGUUUUGUGGAUGGAAUUACAUACAGCAUUGUCAUUUUGCAUCUAUGUCGGGAAAACCGGGUUGAGGAAGCAUUGCAGCUGGUUGAGGAGAUGGAGGGGAGGGGCUUUAAAGUUGAUUUGGUUACUAUAACUUCACUAGUGAUCGCGCUUUACAGACGUGGUCAGUGGGAUUCAAUCGAGAGGCUCCUGAGGCAUAUUAGAGAUGGGAAUUUAGUCCCUUCUCUUAUCAAGUGGAAAUCAGCCAUGGAAGUUUCAAUGAGUAGUCCACAGAGCAAGAAGAGGGACUAUACACCAAUGUUUCCUUCCAUACGUGAUGUAGCUGAAGUUUUGCAUCUGACAAAUCCGGAUGGCGAAGGUGCAGACGACGCCAAGCAGUUCAGUGACGAAGUGGAUGAGUGGUCAUCUUCUCCAUACAUGGAUUCACUUGCAAAUCAAUUUGCCUCUGACAGCAGCCGUGGUCCACCACCUUUCUCGCUGUCGAGAGGAGUUCGAGUUUUGGCAAAGGGUGAAGAUUCUUUUGAUGUUGACAUGGUGAAUACCUACUUAUCCAUCUUCUUGGCCAAGGGGAAGCUGAGUUUGGCGUGUAAAUUGUUCGAGAUUCUGACCAAUAUGCGCGUGAACCCAAGUAGCUACACUUACAACUCCAUCAUGAGCUCCUUCGUCAAGAAAGGGUAUUUCAAGGAAGCAUGGGGAGUCCUCCACGCGAUGGGGGAGGCGGUCACCCCAUCGGACAUAGCAACGUACAACGUGGUGAUCCAAGGUCUCGGGAAGAUGGGGAGGGCGGAUCUUGCAAAGGCUGUUCUUGACAAGCUGAACAAUGAAGGUGGGUACCUCGACAUUGUCAUGUACAACACCCUGAUCAAUGCCCUCGGGAAGGCUGGGCGGUUUGGUGAAGCGGUCGAGCUGUUCCAGCAGAUGAAGAGCAGCGGGAUAAACCCGGAUGUGUUCACCUACAACACCCUAAUCGAGGUGCACAGCAAGGCCGGGCUGCUCAAGGAAGCGUAUGAGUUCUUGAAGAUGAUGCUGGAUGCUGGAUGUGCACCUAAUCACGUGACAGAUACGUGUCUCGAUUUUCUUGAAAAGGAAAUAGAGAGACGGAGGUACGACAAGGCGUCGAUCCUACGGUCCGAAACUGAUGAUCUUUGCUGAGUAUCUCAACUUCUUUCAGUCCUUAAAGUGUCAAUGUUGCUUGCUCAUGCAAUGCAAGUCCUUAAUGAUUAUAGUUAUCUCAUAAAUUCAUGAAACGAGACGAGUUAAAUGUAAGUAUGCAGGAAUCAAAGUGGCAAAUGAGUUCAUGUUGAGAGAUGUUAUUCUCUUUUUUUUUUUU